AUGCCGGAAGGUGAAAAAGAAAAAAAUCCAUGCAUAAUUUACUUUUUAACUAUCAGCGCAACCCUUGGAGGCCUUCUGUUCGGCUACGACACCGGGAUUAUAAGUGGCGCUAUAAUUCUGAUCAACGAUGAGUUCGGCCUCACAAGCGGCAUGCACCAGCUCAUCGUGGCAUCCACAGUAGGAUCUGCAGCCAUCUUCUCUUUAUUUUCUGGCAUAGUCGCUGAUGCUAUCGGACGUAAGGGAACCAUUAUGGUCUCUGCGGUGAUAUUCACCAUAGGUGGCGUCUGCAUGGGUGUUGCUGCUGGACCGGAGAUGAUCAUUUUGGGCAGGUUCAUUGUAGGAGCUGCUAUAGGCUUUGUGUCCUCUGUUGUUCCUGUUUACAUCUCGGAGUGUGCUCCCAUUUCAAUCAGAGGACUUCUCAUCACCAUGAAUCAGCUCUUCAUUACUAUUGGUAUUGUGAUAUCAUCCGUGUUUGCUGGCGCCUUUCAAGGAUUCGAUGGAGGAUGGAGAAUAAUGCUUGGAGCAGGCGCGCUACCAGGAGUGAUACAGUUCAUAUUCUUUCUGGGCCUGCCGGAGUCUCCCAGGUAUCAGCUUAUGAAAAGCCAGGAAGCCAAGGCGGAGAAAACACUGAAACAAAUACGAAAUAAAGACGACGUUAAAGAGGAACUUUCGGAAAUGAAGCGUCAAAUAGAGGAAGAGAAAAUGAGCAAAGGUUGGGCCAUCUGGCAGCGGAUUUUUACAACGCCCCAUAUCAGGAAAGCACUUUUCAUUGGCUGCAUGCUGCAACUCUUUCAGCAGUUUUGCGGCAUCAAUGCGGUCAUUUACUACAGCUCAACUAUUCUGAUGAGCGCGGGAUUUUCCAGUAAGCUGGCUAUUUGGUUAGCCGUUGUGCCAACUACGAUUAACUUCUUGGCAACAUUCAUUGGGCUAUGGGCUGUAGAGUCUUUGGGUCGAAAGUUGGCCCUCGCUCUCAGUUUCCUGGCAAUUGGAGGUGCCCUUCUGGUCCUAACUGCAGGGUUCCUACUCGCCCAGCUCAACUCUCCAGAAGCAAAGGCAACCAACGAUGCACUAAGCAUUGUGACCCUGUGCAACAAAUACCCGACUUGCCACGAAUGUAUCAGCAAUGGCCACUGUGGAUACUGCUACAGGAUCGUGAAAAGUGAGAUUAAGGAAGGGUCAUGUGUCAACUCCAGCGCAGAGGCAGCCUGGGCGAUGUCUGGCAGAUGUUCUAAGAAUAACAGCACAAAGAAAUUUAUGGUCCCAGAUAUGUCUUAUACUUAUAAUUUCUGCCCAUCAGAAUACGGAUGGCUGGCUGUUCUAGGCAUGGUUUUGUAUGUGUUAGGGUUUGCCCCAGGUGCUGGACCAAUGCCGUGGACCAUUAACGCCGAGAUCUAUCCCCAGUGGGGCCGGAGCAUCGCCAACUCACUGGCAGCUGUCACCAACUGGACCUGCAACGUCAUCGUGUCCUAUUUUUUCCUUACUCUGACCAUGACAAUUACAGCCUGGGGCACGUUCCUUCUCUUCUGCGGCGUCUGCAUCGUAGGAGCCAUCUUUGUUUUGGCGUACGUCCCAGAAACAAAGGACAAGUCACUGGAAGAAGUAGAGCUGCUUUUUAUGACGGAGGCAGUGAGGAAAGAGACUUUGGCGAACAGACAGAAGAAAGAAGAAGAAGGAGGAGGAGGAGGAGGAGUGGCAUCCCCUGAUAAUUUAACAGAAACGGAUUUAGCGAAAAAGACCACAGAGCCAUCAUUUACGCUGGGAGCAUCCGGAUCUACUGCAUUGACCUAA